AUGUGGAAACCAAAAAGGCUGAACAAUUGGUUUUCAUACUUUUCAAUCUCACCUAAAAUAUUGGUUUUGCUACUCUUAACCCCUCUUCUUCUCAUCUCAUUCAUUUCCAGCAAUUUGGGCUCACAAAAAUCUCUCCUUUCAUCGUUUUCUCUUAAGCCGCUCGAGUUUUUAAGCCCGUUCUCUUUGUGUUCUUUUGCGAAUGUCAACGGUUCUGUUUGUCUGUCCAAGAAUGCUCAGGACAAAGAGGCACUACUUAGGCAAGAGCUAUCAAGUGCAGAAAUCAGGGGAUUUGUGUCGAGUGGAAUACGAAGAAAAUACAGUAGGCGAGAAAAAACCGAGGCCCUCCUAGCUAAAUCACGAUUUCUCAUUCGCGAGGCUGCCAAAAACAAAAGCUUAAGCUCUUCUCAAGUCGAACAAUAUCCCGAUGAUGUGCCUCAUGGCCCUAUUUACCGUAAUGCCAAUGCAUUCUAUCGGAGCUACUUGGAAAUGGAAAGAGUGUUCAAGAUUUAUGUGUAUGAAGAAGGAGAAGCUCCGGUUUUCCACGAUGGCCCGUGUAGGAGCAUAUACUCCACCGAAGGAAGAUUCAUUCACGAAAUCGAGAAAGGUGAGCAUUAUCGAACGUACGAUCCAAACGAGGCCCACGUAUUUUUCAUGCCGUUUAGUGUGGUCGUGAUGGUUCGUUAUAUCUAUGAGUCGGGCUCGCCCGACAUGACUCCCGUUGCCAACACGGUUGCCGAUUAUGUCGACACAAUAGCCCAUCGACACCCCUUUUGGAAUCGAACCCUUGGCGCCGAUCAUUUCAUGCUUUCUUGCCAUGAUUGGGGGCCUUACUCGAGUUCAUACUCCCCAUUCUUGUUCAACAACUCCAUAAGAGUAUUGUGCAAUGCCAACACAUCUGAAGGCUUCAACCCUUUAAAAGACGUCACGCUUCCCGAGAUCAACCUCAAGACGGGGGAAAUAACGGGCCUACUCGGCGGGGCCCCUCCGCGCGAAAGGACGAUCUUAGCCUUCUUCGCUGGUGGUCUCCAUGGACAUAUCCGGCACCUCCUUUUAAACCAUUGGAAGGGCAAAAACGACUCGGAUGUGCAAGUCUAUGAAAAGCUUCCUACCGAGGUUUCGUACGAAAGCAUGCUUAAAAAGAGCAAAUUUUGCUUGUGCCCGAGUGGAUAUGAGGUGGCGAGCCCGAGGGUGGUGGAGGCCAUUUACGCGGAGUGCGUGCCCGUGUUGAUAUCCGAUAGUUAUGUCCCGCCGUUUAGCGAUGUUUUGAAUUGGAGGAAGUUCUCGGUUUUCGUGAGGGUCGAGGAUAUACCGAAGAUAAAGAGGAUAUUGAUGGGGAUUUCUGAGGCUAAGUAUUUGAAGAUGCAGAGGAGGGUGAAGGAGGUGCAGAGGCAUUUUGUGGUGAAUGGGCCUACGAAAAGGUUUGAUCUUUUCCAUAUGAUUGUGCACUCUGUUUGGCUUAGGAGGUUGAAUUUGAGGUUUCAUGGCUUGUGAUUUGUCAAGUUUUGGGAAUCAAGAUAUCAUUUCAUUCUUUUGUUUGGACUGAGGGUUUAAAGUUGGAUCAGAGCAAUUUAUAGUUUGCUUGUGUUGUGACAACAUUUUGUAUUUGUAUGAUUGUAUAUCGGUAACUCCGGAUAUUUAGUCGCG